AUGAGUAGCGUGGUCAACAAGAGCGGUACUCGCUUUAUUCCAAAGCUCAAGCAACGUCGUCUUCUUUCGGCAGCACCGAAGAACGACAAAACUACGAUAACUCCCGAAGGCACUAGAAUAACAGAGGAAGUGUCUACGACUGAAGGUGAUACUAAAGUAGAUGACUCUAAUUCCCGGAUUGAUAAUAAAACUGACCAUGAGACUGAUCAAGACACCGGUACCACGGCAGUGAGCGAACAGGAUGACGAAAAUCCGAAAGCCCCGUCACAACUAGAACUGGAUCCUAUUCAGACCAGCACUCAGCUUACGUCAGUCCAAGGCACCGGUGGUGGUCGCCGAGCCAGCCGGCUCGACUCUCUGAGCAGUAAUCAGACAGCAAAGCCCGUUUUCAAGCCAGAUUACCUCGAGCCCACUCCCGUGAUGAACAAUAGGAGGCUAUCGACCAUUGCAAAGCCUAACCUGAAAAAGGUCAGGAUCAAUACGAUCGCCGAGAAAGACUCUACUUUACAGGCUCUGAAGAAGCGGAGAAUGUCAAUCCGGACUUCGAUCUCGAAGAAAUCCGGCUCUGCACAUAGAAUCAGCGUUGUAUCCAGAAGAGCUUCACCAGACACGGAUGUUCAUACGGCUACCGCUGUAGCGGCUCCCAACGCAUCUUCGCAACUGUUCCAGAAAACCGAUAGUUUGUACGAGAAAUACACGAUCAGAAACCUGAAAGAAAUCCCAAAAAACAUACAGGAUACCGACUCGGAGCGUUAUUUGAUUGACGAAGAGGAAUUUACCAUGGCUGAGCUAUGCAAACCCAAGCUGCCGAUCGGAGAGAUCUCUGAUAACUUCGAGAAGGCAAAGCUGGCGGGGAAGGCGAAAUUUGAGAAAAGGAGAGUGCGCCGAGAGCUCAGACGGAGGGCUCGUGAAGAGUUCAAGUCUAUCAAUUCCUUGAACGAAGAGGAAGAGGAAAGAGAGCUCGAAGAGCGCAAAAAGGCUGCGGAAAAAUUGCUCAAUGCAGAAGUGCCUGAAUCCAACCAGGGUCCGCACACAGCGAUCCAGUUACGAUUGAACCAGGACGGUACGAUGGUUGUGGAUGAGGAGUCUACAGUGGUCGACAGACAUAAGAAUGCCAGCUAUCAGAAUGCCCAUAAAGUAAAACUGAAUGAAAAUCCGUUCGAGAAUCUGCACAACUCGGGCACAUACGGCAAGAAUAUGUACACAGACCCCUGGACAAAGGAUGAACUGAUACAGUUUUACAAAGCUCUGUCAAUGUGGGGGACAGACUUCAAUCUCAUAGCCCAGAUGUUCCCUUACAGAACAAGGAAACAGGUGAAGGCAAAAUUUAUCAGCGAAGAAAGGAGGCAUCCAGUCACGGUUGAACUAGCUCUGCGAUCUAGACUCCCACCAAACUUCGAACAAUAUUGUGCGGAGACGAAGAAGGACAUUGGCACUGUGGAAUCCUUCCACGAGAGGAUAGAAAGGCUCAAGGAGCAACAUGAGGAACACAUGAAAGCCAUCGACGAGGCCAAAGCAAACGCCAAAGAGGAAGAUGCGCAAAACACGAAAAGCUCUCACAAUCCGGAGAAAAAGACCUCAGGUGGCUUCAGAACAGAUCAAGUACGGGCAUAUCGUAAAUCUGAAAUUGUGCUGGGGACAAUUGAUGACCUUAAGAAGCAUCCUUCUCAGCAGGUCGAGGAGGAGCAGAACUAUAGGUAG